AUGCAAAAGGGGACCAGUCGGAAAUGGGGAAACUCCAAAACAAAAGACAAGACAACAUAUUUGGACAAGACGCGAGGCAAGAGUACAAAGAUAGCAAAAGAACAAAAAAAUAGGUUCAAAAUAUGGACGGUGGUUAAAUUGAAAAGAAGGACAGAGACACAGAAAGACACAGAGAUAUACAGAGAAGGAAAGAGAUACAGACAGACACAGAGAUACACAGAGAAGGACAAAGACAGAGACACAGAGAUACACAGAGAAGGACAGAGACACAGGCAGACACAGAGAUACACAGAGAAGGACAGAGACACAGGCAGACACAGACAGAUACACAGAGAAGGACAGAGACACAGGCAGACACAGACAGAGACACAGAGAAGGACAGAGACACAGUCAGACACAGAGAUACACAGAGAAAGACAGAGACACAGACAGACACAGAAAUACACAGAGAAGGACAGAGACACAGACAGACACAGAGAUACACAGAGAGGGACAGAGACACAGUCAGACACAGAGAUACACGGAGAGGGACAGAGACACAGGCAGACACAGAGAUACACAGAGAGGGACAGAGACAUAGGUAGAAACAGAGAUACACAGAGAAGGACAGAGACACAGACAGACACAAAGAUACACAGAGAAGGCCAGAGACCCAGACAGACACCGAGAUACACAGAGAAUGACAGAGACACAGACAGAGACACAGUCAGACACAGAGAUACACAGAGCAGGACAGACACAGACAGACACAGAGAUACACAGAGAAGGACAGAGACACAGUCAGACACAGAGAUACACAGAGAAGGACAGAAACACAGACAGACACAGAAAUACACAGAGAAGGACAGAGACACAGACAGACACAGAUAUACACAGAGAAGGACAGAGACCCAGACAGACACAGAGAUACACAGAGAAGGACAGAGACACAGACAGACACAAAGAUACACAGAGAAGGACAAAGACACAGACAGACACAGACAGACACAGAGAAGGACAGAGACACAGUCAGAUACACAGAGAUACACAGAGAUACACAGACAGACACAGAGAAGGACAGAGACACAGACAGACACAGAGAUAUACAGAAGAGGACAGAGGCACAGACAGACACAGAGAAGAACAGAGACACAGACAGACAUAGAGAUACACAGAGAAGGACAGAGACACAGACAGACACAGAGAUACACAAAGAGAGAACAGCGUUUGUAUUGUAAACCAAAAGUGAAGGGAGAGUGA